AUGCAGAUUCUGGGCUUCAUAUCCGCGGCCCUGGCCGUCGCUACGACUACUACCACUGUAGUCGCAGCAGCGCAGUCGACCGCAGGCAUUGAAGCGCUCGUUCAGCGCCGGCUGCCGCAGCAUGUAGGCGAUUUUGAGUUUAGUCUUGUCAACUCGAGCUCGUAUUUGAGCGAAUUAGCCUCUCUUGAGAGUACCAGCAACGACACCUACACCGUGUCGAAUGGGCAGAAUGGGAAGAUUAAAGUCGAGGGUAACUCACUGAGUGCGCUCGCAACGGGACUGCAUCGCUAUCUCGCUGAUGUCGCCCAUGUCGAUAUCUACUGGUUCAUUGGCAGUCGGCUGGAUGUGCUUGAUGGGCCGCUUCCGACUUUGUGCCAGCCUUUGACGGGGUCGAGCAUUGUGCCUUAUCGGUAUCAUUUCAACACGGUAACAACAUCCUAUACUAGCGCUUUCUGGUCCUGGGAGGAUUGGGAAUUGCAACUCGACUGGAUGGCGCUCCACGGCAUCAACCUACCCCUAGCUUGGAUUGGCGUUGAGAAGAUCUUCAUCGAAGUAUUCCAAGAAAUCGGGCUUACCGACGCCGAAAUCUCGGACUUUUUGACAGGACCGGCAUUCCUGGCCUGGAACCAUCUCGGUAACAUCCAGGGCUCCUGGGGCGGCGAAUCUCUGCCGUUUUCCUGGGUUGAUAGUCAAUUCGAGAUGCAGAAGAAGAUUGUCAAGCGCAUGGUGGAGCUCGGCAUGACGCCGAUUCUGCCCGCUUUCCCGGGCUUUGUUCCCAGAGCGAUUACUCGCGUGUUCCCAGAUGCGAAUGUGACUAAUGGGUCAGCUUGGGAAAGGUUUCCGGCUCUGUAUACUAAUGACACGUUCAUGGAGCCGACUGAUCCGCACUUUGCGCAGAUACAGAAGAGCUUCAUUGCGAAACAGACUGCUGUGUAUGGAAAUGUCACCAACUUCUACACUCUAGACCAGUUCAACGAGAAUGACCCGGCGUCAGGUGACAUAGAUUACCUGCGUAAUGUUAGCCAGUCAACGUGGGAAGCGCUCAAGGCCGCAGAUCCAAGUGCUAUCUGGGUGAUGCAAGGAUGGCUGUUUUCCAGCAACUCUGCGUUCUGGACGGACGAGCGCAUCAAAGCGUACCUGGGAGGUGUGACGGUGGAUUCUGACAUGUUAAUUUUGGAUCUGGCAUCCGAGUCUGUGCCUCAGUGGCAGCGCACCAAUUCGUACUACGGCAAACCAUGGGUCUGGUGUGAAAUCCACGACUACGGCGGUAAUAUGGGAUUCUAUGGGCAGGUCAUGAAUAUCACCGUCAACCCUAUUGCUGCUCUGCACAAUUCAAGCUCCCUAGUCGGCUUCGGUCUUACCAUGGAGGGCCAGGAAGGUAAUGAAGUUGUGUACGAUCUUCUGCUGGACCAGGCCUGGAACGCGACUCCCAUCGACACUGCUCCUUAUUUUCAUGACUGGGUGACUGCGCGGUAUGCGGGCAGCAACUCGAUACCGGAUAGCAUCUACACUGCCUGGGAUACGCUGCGAACAUCGGUCUACAAUAACACCAACCUCACCUCCAACGCAGUGCCCAAGGCAAUUCUCGAAUUGAUCCCCAGCACAUCGGGUCUGAUUAAUCGCACCGGCCACCAUCCGACAACACUCAACUAUGACCCCAAUGACAUGGUCUACGCAUGGACCCUGUUCUACGAUGCCGCUUUCCAGGACCCUCUCCUCUGGCUGAACCCGGCCUACGAAUACGACCUGGUCGACAUGACUCGCCAGGUGCUGGCAAAUGCCUUUAUCCCCAUCUAUGAGAACCUCGUAUCAGUGUAUGAAAGCAACCAAACCACGCCCCAAAUCGCAGUCGCAGGCGCCACUCUACUCGAUCUCCUGUGGUCAUUGGAUUUCGUACUAGACACAAACGAGCAUUUCCAACUGUCCACCUGGACGUCGGCAGCGCGUGCUUCCGCCGCUGGAGAACAGGACAGCAGCAUCGAGAGCUUCCUCGAAUUCAACGCCCUCAACCAAAUCACUCUCUGGGGCCCGACGGGCGAAGUGUCUGAUUACGCGUCCAAGUCGUGGUCGGGACUGGUGUCGUCGUACUACAUCCCGCGCUGGACCAAGUUUAUUGAGUAUCUGGCAGAGACGGAUGUGGCGGAUUACAACCAGACUGCGUUCAAGGAUGGGUUGUUGGAGUGGGAGAUUGAGUGGCAGAAUGACACGAUUGCGCAGGCGUUCUUCAAGCGUGACGGUAAUACGACGGCGCAGGCGGCCCUGCAGAGCGUGGUUGGUCGGUGGGCGGAUGUGUUUUCCGUUUGA